GCACAGUGUUGGAGCACACGCAGAAUAUCAACACAAGCUUACAAUCAUAUUGUCAAGCUCAUCCUCUACCAUUCUUUUACCACAUCCGAUUGGAACAAAUACAGUACACCAUCAACAAUAGCGAAUUAUUUCAAAACCUAUUCAUAUAUCUUCUUUCAAAAUGUCGGUAACGAACGGCAACUCCGAGGCUGGUCCCUCCGAUACCCAAAAGAAACCCACACUUACGCAUGUCAAUGGCCGUCCGACUCGUCCGGAGAAUCCAUACGCAAUCUACUAUGUCCAGGGCCGAUAUUCAAUAUUUGGCAACGGUAUCCGCUCGGCUCUGAAUCUGAAUAGUACAACACCAGAGCCAGAGUCAGACAGCCCUACAACACAGCUUACGGAUCACACGCAAGUAACCACGCCGACUCCUCCGGAAGCGGACGAUGAGCGCGAGAGCAAACCAAAGUGCAACGGUGACUCUGCUCAUGUAUCGUCUGAAUAUGUUUAUAUUAAUGAAGAUUCGGAGGAUGAGGAAGAGGACCUUGUGGUGAUCCCGAGUGAAGAGCCGAUACAAGAGGAACCGGUACAGGAACUAGCACAAGGAUCGGUACGAGAACCGGCACAGGAACUGGUUCAGGAACCGAUACAGAUGCCGAAACCGGUGAUUAAGAGAAAGCCGGCUAUCUCGCAUUUCCAAGGCGAGUCUCGCGCUGAGACGUCUGCGGCCGGAGCAGCUGCAAAUGAGCGAGCGGGAAUAUCUAAUAAUACCCCGAACCCGUUCACAUUCGAGGGGUUCCAGAAUUGGUAUACUCGGGAUCACGUACCAUUCCGUCCAACCCUCGAGGAGCAGCGAGUGGCGCAACAGAACUUUACUCGGCGGAUGGACGAAGUUAUACAAUCCGAGAGAAGGUAUACCCCUCCGUUCGCGACUAAGAAAGGUAGUCGAUUUUGGGGCCUCGAGAACAAGCUCAAGGUAUGUCUAGAGAUCAAAUUUCUUGAUGAUGAACGCGGCCCUAAUGACAUACAGGAGCAAGAGGCCAAAUGCCGAAAGUUUUUGACUCAAAGUUGGCAGAGAUUAAAGAAACUCUUUGGCGCCAGUGAGACAUUUCCCCAGUACUAUUUCCCCGACGACUGGAGUAAUAGUCACAUUGACACCCCACCAGGUGAUAUGGAGCAGAGAGAGGCUUUACUGAGGGAGUCGACACCUAUUGCGACAGCUGAAGUGGCGCAACCUACAUUUACAAUAGCCGAUAUCAAAAAGAUUCGCUCUAAGGGCGGGCGCCCGAGUAGAUUUACCGAGCACGAGGCGAUCAGUCUCAUGAAUUGGACAUCGGAGGAUUUCGAUGCGGACAUAGAACCUAUCCCGCUGCAGACCCUACAACCGAUUCCCGAGAAUGAGGACCCGUUCCGCGAUGAUGACGAAACCCCCGUUAACGAAAUGGAGAGAAGCGCGCCCAAGGAUCCGGAGGAAGACACUGGCUCUCCACCUCCGUUUGCGCGUGUGCAGAAGCCGCCCAUGACGGGGCUCUGGUUCGCUGGGAAGAUUUAAUUCGGCGGGCCCUGGUGGCUUAUUUAACCUCAUGUAUUUUUGUUAUAUACCAGAGUGAUAUGGAACACUGCUACCGGAUGGAGU